AUGGCAGAUACAAUUACAUCUUGUAGUACCCUUAUCAUUGCCAAUGCUUCUUCCAUAGUUCACCGUAGCUUGGUGUUGGAAAUAAGGCUCAAUUCCUGGCAGAGAGGAGACAAGCUUCUUGGAAAAGCAGAUACAGUUCUGCCGAAUAACCACCAUAAGGUGACAGAAAUACACAAUUUUAGUCAGGAUGAUUUGAUGACCGAAGAUAUAUUUGUCUUGGAUUGUCACUCAGCAAUCUUUGUCUGGGUGGGACAACAAGUUGACUCCAAGAUGAAAAUGCAUGCUUUAACCAUUGGAGAGCUUUCAGUGAUCACUGAGGAGCGGGAUAAAUAUCAAACUCUUGUCAAUGAGCUGAAGAAGCCAGAGAAAGAUGAAACUGGGAGUAAAGUGGCAAAUGAGUUGCAGUUGUCUCUUGCCAAGAAGGAAUGCUGUAUCAAAGAAAUGGAGAGCAGUUUAAAUGAGCAAAAGGAAGCUAAUAAUCGGCAACGGGAGGAGAUUAAGUUACUAAAUGAGAGGCUAAAUAAUGAAGCAAGAAGGAUAAAAUCACUGGAAAGGGAGAGUGAUCGGCUUAGAUCACAAAUUUCUCUUUUGGAGUCAAAGCUGGGUCAUGGUGAUUUUUCUGCCACAAGUACAAAAGUACUGCGCAUGGUGAAUACUCUUGCAAUUGAUAAUGAGGCAAAGCAAACCAUUCAAGGGGCAGGUCUCCUGCUUUCAAUACACUAGCUGCUAAUUUUGAGAAUCCAAAUGCAAAAAUCUCUCAACUCCACCACCAGUUGUGAGGAAGAUCUUUCCAAAGUUGUCACCCCUGAUUCAACGAAACUGGCUUCCAAAUCUUCAGCUAUAGCAGCUAUCAGUUCCACUUUUGAGAAAUCACCACCAAUACGAGAAGUCAUCAUAUCCAAAUUUAUCAAAGGUACACCAUAACUUAUAAACUAAUGCUUAGGGAAAUACACCAACAGCCGACUAUUGUUUCUAUGGAGUUUUAUCUGAUCAUUUUGUUUUACCGUUCUGU